GUGAGUCGCACGAAAUACUAUAUAAUAAAUAAUAAAUAAAAGCGUUUUUCUAAAAAUGCUCAAGCAAUUUUCAAACGUUUUCCUGCUGCUCGUGGUUGUCAGCAGCGCCAGUGCUGCCACUAUUCACGCUGACUCCUACGUCGUUUCGGUUCAAACAGCCGACAACAAAACAAUCUGUGGCGGCGCUCUGAUUGGCAAAAAUACAGUGGUUACCUCAGCGACGUGCUUGGCUUUCUAUGAUGCUGAUCAAUUGGCUGUUGGUAUAAAUAAUGGCUCGCAAAUCAUCAAAACUAAAGCGCACAGUUUUAAAGUAGAUUUCGAUUUUGUCACCAUGGAAAAUGAUGUGGCCAUCUUGAAAUUGGCGGAAUCAGUGGACACUUCUUUUAUAAAAUUGGCGAGUAAGAAAAGAAAGACAGGGUGUACUGCUGUGGUUAUAAGCCCCAAUUUAAACAAGGUACCUGUGACCAUAAUAAACUACAAAGAAUGCGUUUCUGGAGAUUAUGGCUGGAGUGAAGAUGAUGUGUUCAGUACAAUGGUGUGCGGCCUCGUGAAAGAAAAUAAUGUUUGUGUCGGACAAGCGGGCAGUCCUUUAGUCCACAAAAAUAAGUUGAUUGGUUUGGUCUCCUGGGGUGGUUGUGGCAACAAUGGCCAUCCAGCCGUUUUUACCGACAUUACGGCAUUCCAAUCCUGGAUCAAGCAAACCACAAAGCAAUUGUAAAAUAAAUAAAUUUAAUUUUUACUUUAAAAUAAAAUGAAAUGUUUUAUAGUUAUUUUUAUAAGUAUUGUGUGAUAAAAAGCCAGCCUAAGCCUAAGUCAAAACGGCAACAACAAACAGUUGCUAUAAAAUGUCGGCACGUGAAGCGAGUUACAGAUUAUUUUUUUUUUUAUUAACUGAAAAAGCUUUAAUAGCCUAAAAUUAAAACAACAAAUUGAUAAGCUAUAUUUCAGAGAACUAGUUUAA